AGGACAUCAGGACUAGUUUGCUAAGCGUAUGGAACCCCUGUUGUCACUGCCAUCCCCUCUUGCAUUUCCCUCCUCCUGACAGCUGGGUGGCUCACUCACGCGGGACUGGCCUGACCUCCGGAGCCCCUCCGUGGGUGCCUGGCAGGGAGGCCUCCAUCCUGUCCUCUGUCACCUUCCAAACUAUUGUCCGGACCUGGAGCACUAUUUAAAGAGCCAUCUUUGAGAACUGCCUGCCCUGCUGCAUCGAGAGGGAGCACUUCAGACCAUGGCACCGCGGAGAGCCCGCAAGAGAGCAGAAGGCGGAGCCAGCUCUAACGUCUUCUCCAUGUUUGAUCAAUCCCAGAUCCAGGAGUUUAAAGAGGCCUUCACCAUCAUGGACCAGAACCGGGAUGGCUUCAUCGACAAGGAGGACCUGAGGGACACCUUUGCUGCCUUGGGCCGCAUCAAUGUGAAAAAUGAGGAGCUGGAGGCCAUGGUGAAGGAGGCCCCUGGGCCCAUCAACUUCACCGUCUUCCUGACCAUGUUUGGGGAGAAACUGAAGGGUACAGACCCUGAGGAGACCAUUCUCCACGCCUUCAAAGUCUUUGACACCGAAGGAAAAGGUUUCGUCAAGGCUGAUUUCAUCAAAGAGAAGCUCAUGACCCAGGCAGACCGGUUCAGUGAGGAGGAGGUCAAGCAGAUGUUUGCGGCUUUCCCGCCAGAUGUGUGUGGUAACCUGGACUACCAGAACCUGUGCUACGUCAUCACACACGGUGAGGAGAAGGACUAGGAGGCCAGGGAUCCCCGCCCCCACCAUUCAGAGGCAGCAAACACCGGCGGUGUUUUGGGGUGACCACCGGGGAGCCCCUACAGCCCACGUGUGCAAAGAAGAGGCUCCCCUGGCCCCAUGGCUCGGGGGCAAAGGGAGAAUAAAUAACACUAACGAGG